CCCUUUCAUUUUCUUUUUGCGCAAAACAUAUACUCCCUUUCAAUGAUCAUAGAAUUAGUCAAUUCCCUUUAGACAAAAUCAAACCAUUAGAAUGAUCAAUCAUGCAUCUAAACUGUAAGCAUCUUGCGUGUAUAUUGUAGCUGAGCUGCCAGUUUCUCCCGGUGCAGUGCCAUCUAGAGACCACUCUAUAUAAACCACACUCAUCACAAAAGGCAGAGCACACAAGCUAGCCAGUAGCCACACACAAACAUACACAUAGAUAGACAUGGCUUCUCACACUUUGUCUUGGAUGAUUCUGGUGUGCCUUUUGGCUAUCCUCCUAGCUUCGUCGGGGCUUGUGCCGGUGAGGGCACAGACGAACGGGUUCUUAGAGGUGAGCCUGAACGCGGGGAACUUCAUGCUGCAGAAGCCGUGGAACCUGCCGGCGAACGCCCGAUACAGGUUUGACGGCACGGUGCACCGGAUGUGGAUCUUUCCCUCUGACAAGCCCUACAACCAAGGAGGCAGCACCAAGCCCAGGACUGAGAUUCAGAUCACGGGACACGACUACAACUCAGGCGUGUGGCAGUUCGAGGGCUCGCUCUUCGUCCCCUUCGGCUCGUCGGGGAUGUCCGUCAUGCAGAUCUUUGGUGGCAACCCUACAGCAACGACGCUGAUGUUGCAUGUCUACGACGGCAAUUUGUGGUACUACGACCAGAAGUUCGUCGAGGCCAACAUUAGCAACCGUUGGAUCCGGGUGAAUGUGAUCCAUGACGUUGACGCCUCGAAGCUCACCGUGUUCAUCAAUGGCCAGUUGAAGCUCACCGUCAAUGGCAAGGGAGGCGACAAUCACUUCUUCAAGUUCGGCGUGUACGAACAGAGGAACCCCACGGCGCGCAUGGAGGCUCGCUGGAUGAAUGUCAGGAUCCUCAAGAAGAACUGAUAUGCUACACUGUGUGUGUUACGAAGAUGGUUUUACCCAAAGGCAUUACAUAAUUUUAUUUUCAUCCCCUUCGGUCGAGAAGCAAUUUUUUUUACUUGUAAUAUUUGUAUCAUUUUAUUUCUCCAAGAGUUGUGCAGGUUUCUCCUAUAUAUGUAUUUGAACUUUGUUCGAAGUGUUUAAUGAUAUAUCUUUUGCUAUCGUGGUUGAGAUAA